AUGUCUUUACUACCUUUCUGGGUCUUACAGAAGGUGAAACAAGAGUCAGGAAAAAGCCUGUUUUUGAGAGAUGUACUGCAUUCAGAGUUUGAGGAAAAAGGCUCGGUGGAUGCCUGUCUGCGGUUUUUAGAUCCCAAAGUUGAGCACUGGCCUGCUGCUGUGGCACUUUGUGUGCUCCGAAUCGGAUUAGAGUGCACAGGCAGCAAAAUGCGAGUCAGGCCGAGCAUGGAAAUGGUGCUUCAGAGACUAAACCAACUUCUUCCCAUGCCUGCAUUGCCUGAGGAGCAGCCGCACACUCUAGAUGAUACAGUCCCUCUUCAGCAGCCAUACAAUGGCCACAGUCCACGUCUAAGCUUCCCCAUUGAAGUUCAUGAACUUUACAGCCCACUGGAGGAACCGCAACCUCACAGAGUUCCCAAUCUGGCAGAACCGUGCGAAUGCAGCCAGUCUGAGGUCACUUUCUUGAGUGUUGGAGAUCCCAACUUGUCGCAUUCCCUCAGGGAAUGUCUUCAGGAAAAUGACAGAGUGGUUUCAGCAUCACAAAGUUUGCAGUCAGACUCUGCAGCUCGCCUGGACUUAUAUGGGAGCUGGCCUGUGGAGUGCAGCUGUAGCACUGGAACCGAAGCGCAGGGGUGUGAGGACUGCUGUGCGAAUGGCUUCAGUCAGUCUGUUUUAUAUGCAACUCUAGAUGAUGAUGCCCAGCCCUCUCAGAAUGGCAUCUCAAAUCCAGCAAAAGAGAAAAUGAGGAAUAAAAUUAAUCUGUACAACCAGGGGUUAAUAAAAACUGAAGAACUUCUUUCGCUAAAGUCAGAGUGAUUCAGCAAUAGGUUGGCUAUCUCCACAAAAAAAUUCACUCUGGGAUUUUUAUCAGCAGUGGGGAGUGUUGGAGCUCAUUUUGUUUGAACGUUUGUUUGUUUGUGCUGCUUUUAAAAGUAUUUGAAGAUAUUUUAACUGCAUUUCUAUAUGUAUCUGCUUCUAAAUAUACAUAACUUAUUCCCAAACUGAGUUUUUAACAUUAAAAAGAAGUGUGAUGUGAGGAUGCUACCAAAAUUAUAAAAAAUAUUAACCACAAUAUAUUUUACGCAGACCUGCAACUACUGUCACUUUGGAGGGUGGAGAUAAUAGUUUAUUUUAGCCUGUUACUUCUUUGUAAUUCGUUAAAGCAAUUAUUUCAAAGAGUACGAUCUGUCAGAAACACUUACCGGUGUUUCCACUUCCUUAUAGUGCCUACAAAUCUCCAUGCUUCAGUGAAGCUCUGUACGUUUGUUUUUGACGACUGGAUUAAUUGAGGAAGCACAAGGGGCUUUUGAUCUAAUCUAUGUACGUACAAAUGUGUAAAAUAAUGUACAAUGUUCAAACCAUAAUUAAAGAAACAA